GCCAUCUACAGGCAUGGACCCUGUCGGGCAGCAGCAAAUGUGGCAGAUGAUCCAGACAGCCAUUAAGAACACCGAGAAGGGGGCCCUCCUGAUCACCCAUCACCUGGCUGAGGCCGAGGCCGUUUGUGACCGCGUGGCCAUCAUGGUGUCUGGGAGGCUGAGAUGCGUGGGCUCCAUCCAGCACCUGAAAAGCAGACUUGGCCAGGCUUACGUCCUGGAACUGAAAGUGAGGGAAACGGCUCGCGUGGCUCUGGUCCACGCUGAGAUCCUGAAGCUCUUCCCCCAGGCGAUGCGCCAGGAAAGGAAUUCCUCCUUCUUGACCUAUAAACUGCCCAUGGCGGAUGCUCAUCCUCUUGCUCAGGCCUUUCACAAAUUAGAGGCAGUAAAACACAAUUUUGACCUGGAGGAAUACAGCCUUUCUCAGUGCACAUUGGAAAAGGUGAUUAACUUGGACUGUUUUCGCAUCGUUUUUGUAUUGGUGGAGCUUUCUAAGGAGCAGGAGGUGGGCAAUUUAGAUGAAGAGGCUGAUACAACCAAGAGAUGGAGACUCCUCUCUCAUCCCGACGACGCAUAA